GUUCUAACUCUGAUACAUCUACUAAGAAAUAAUUAACUAACAUAAUCUUGUUGACAAGGGGGAAAGUGAAAGGGUGAAAGGAGAAUUGAGGGAAAUGAAUUAGGUUUUGAUUAAGGUGGUCACUCAAUUGCAUUUCUACUAUUUAUUUCCUCGAGUUAUCCUCAUCAUCAUUGAUAGAUUACAAUUUGAUCUACAUAUUUUUGUAUAUGUGAAGAAAUUCUCUUGGUGGGGCGGAUAUGGGUAUGGGUAUGGGGCGGGGGAGGCUAAAACCAUACCCGCUCCAUACCCAUCAAACUUUUUGCGGGUUUUACCCGUACCCGCCCCAUACCCGGUCAAAGCGGGGAUUACCCGCGUUGACUGGGUCGGAGGCGGUCGGAUACCCGCGGCCAUGGGUUUGAUUGCCAUCUCUAAUCACAACUCUUCCUUUACGAAGAAAUUUACUCCCAGGGAUCAUAACAUGUGGAGGUGAAGCCAAAAGCCAGUUAUAAGUGAAAGCUUCAAUAAUUUGCAACCCCACUUCUCGUUGUCAGUAAACGGUAUAUGAUUUAUUAUUGAAUUUUGUCUCAGCAAUUUGAGUUAUUGAAACCAAAUAGUUCUCGACAAACACCUUAUACUGUGGAGAAGAAGAUCCCUCCCAAGUAGAAGACCAUGCCCUUCCUCCCUAUGAAAUAUAUAUUCAAUUAAAGACAUCAAAGCCGCGAGUUUCUUCUUCUUUUUUUCCUCACAGAAGGAUGAAACGACAUUAUCAUUUGAAACUCAAACACUGAUGAGUUUCAAAGGGCCACCCAUGUGAAUGAUAUUCCAUAACUAAGUACUGGUAGUGUUUUGAGUACUCAAUUGGUCAACUUGUGCACCUAGCUAGCUUAGAAUUUCCGUUCUGCAGAAUGAAGGUGGGAAGCAGGCCAAGAUGGAGGGCAAAUGAUAAUGUCCUGUCCAGUCUCCAUAGCCUAAAGUGCAUCAGGCAAUCUAUAAGCUAUAGUGCACAAUACAUUUGAGUAUGGAAACCUGAAAGUGAAAAGACCAGACCCAGUAUUCCACUAAGGGAUAUGGGGACACUGCAAUUUUGGUUGGUGAGCCAUCUGAAUCUGAGCUGGUCGAUCGCCAUAUCCGUGGCCCUGCUGGGGAGUAAGUUUGCCAUAAUCAGACACUUUUCUCAUCAUCCUUAAUCUUCAAAAUGUGUAUUUGAAGUUGUUUUUGAUUUUGUUUCCUGCUGAUAAUGGUGGAUUUUUUAUGGUCACAGCUCGAGCUUUCUGAACAUGUUCCAUUAGCUUUUUUUUCUGCAGAAAAGAAAGAACUUCACAUAGCAAGACCAUAAACCCUGCUUCUAAACCCUAAAAUGAAUAGUGUAAAGAGGCAGGUGGAAGCUGCAGAGUGCAGAGUGGAUUAACAGUGGGCUUAAUGAAUUCAUGCUAAUCCUUCAUCUAUUCUGUAAACCAACGAAUCAUCCUUGGCGAAAGCCAUAGAAAUGGUCCACAGAAACCAGCCCCACCACCACUCCACCAGAACCCACUAAGCCAACGAAAUGUACUGCUGCAACUAAAGCCUUAAAAGUCACUUUUAAGUCUCUCAACAGUGACUUUGAUCAAGAUCAGACCAGCCUUCCUUCCCCUCCACUAUCUCGAUGAACAUAUAUGCAUUAACAACAAUGCCUAUAAAUACCCUGCAGGCCUGCCCUUGGUUUCUCCCACAAAACCGCAUCUCUCUCUCUCUCGAAUACACUUCACUCAAGUAGUUGAUCGAUCAUCAAUUGUGGUUUUUUACUAGCUUGAUAGCUGCGUGCGAGAUAAAAUGGCAGGUUCGUUGAUGAGAAAUCAGCGGGUAAUUGGUGCUGCCUUCCUUGUCCUGCUCCUUGUCGACGUUGCCUUUGCUGCCAGGACCGUCGGCGGUAGAGGACGCGGCGGUGGCGGAGGACGUGGUGGUGGUGGUGGGAAGGCUGGAGUUGGGUCGGGUUCGGGGCACGGGUCAGGGAGUGGGUCCGGGUUUGGGAAUGCAGGCGGAAGUGGUGGUGGAGGCGGCGGAGGGCGCGGUGGCGGUGGCUCCAUUUCGGGUCAUGGGUCAGGGUCCGGGAGUGGGUCGGGUCAUGGGUAUGGGUCUGGGGCUGGGAAAGGAGGCGAGGGAGGUGGUGGUGGCGGCGGUGGUGGCAGAGGGGGAGGAGGCAGUGGCAAUGGCAAUGGCGGGUAUGGGUCGGGUUACGGGAGUGGAAGUGGGUACGGUGGCGGAAGCGGGAAAGGCGGUGGUGGUGGCGGCGGUGGAGGUGGCGGAGGAAGAGGGGGAAGGAAUGGUGGAUUCGGGUAUGGUAGCGGGUCAGGGAAAGGUUACGGGUCUGGAUAUGGAGGAGGAGAUUAUGACAACUACCCAUGAGUUCAAAUUAAUUAUUACGAAUGGACAGAUUUAAUGAUAGAUCGGCACGUGACUUGGUUUCAUGUGAGGAUUAUCAUUACCACGCUACUUACAGAAUGUUAGAUGAUGAACUUACAACCGACGAUAUUCAAUUUCAUCAUCGUUAGACUAUGCGAUUCUUUUUCGUUGUCAUUAUCCUUUUCAAUUACGAAAAAAUGCAAAAAAAAUGUGUACUAAGAGUGUCAAACCGUCGACCUUGAGUUCACAAAUUCAAGUUAGCACCUUGACCACUGUAUUAAGUUUGACCUUUAUAAUUUUUGCCAUAAUAAUAAAUUAAGUUCGAAUAUACAAUGUGAUUCUUAUUUUCUCUACAAGUUGCACAAUUUUUUUUUUCCAUGUUACAUGUAUGAUAGUAUCGGGGGUUAAUUGCACCUCAUAUCAUAUAAGUAUCGCUUUUGUUGCACACUGACUAUUUAAAUUUUUUUAGUUGCAACUAAACUAUAAAAGAUGGUUUUUAGUUGCAUUGUUAUAUUUUCUGUUUCAAAAUUUAAUUGUGGGUACCAAAUUGUACUUUUUCGCACCAUGUAAGCAUUCGAGCUCAUCCUAUAGACUAUAGUGGACCACAAAAAAAUCCACGUGUUUCCUUUGAAAUCCAGGUGUUUCAAUGCUUGCUUCACUGUCGGCUGUCGCUGAACGACUUCUUGAGUAGCACUGAUCGAGAUCCCCUUGUCAAUCCCAACUCCGACCCUACCAACGACCUUCAGCUCCCCUUGCCCCGUUCGACAAAGAAAAAUAAAGAGAAAAAAUGAAGCAAGAAACAAAGCAUAACAAUUUACAGUAACACAAUUAGUAAAGAAAUUCAGAAUAUGAAGAGAGAACCAGAAGCUUGGAGAUAUUUAAAACAAGGGAUUAAUAAGAGGUAAACAUAAGCUUAAAUAGUUCCCUAAUUCUUAGAUCCAACAUUCAAUUCAACCAAAAACCCAGAAGUUGUUUUUUUGCCUAGAAAAGAGUAAGAGGGAGAAAAACAGAGGAUGGGGACUUACAUAGCAUGCCUUUACUUAGGAUUUGGGAAGUGUACCUUUUGUAGUCGACAUCAACAAUCCGAGUUUGAGAGUGUCGAAAGCUUUGUCUUCGCUGGCCAUGGCUCCAUAUGUCUGAAUCACGCGGCCUUUGUCGGCGAGGGCGCGGUAGAAAGCGAAGGCGCGACCCUCCAUUCCGUCAGGUUGGCACCGAUCGGCCAUGUCUUGGAAAUGACGACGAGCUUCAUCUCAUCGAAAGUGGGCUGAAACAGAGCUUGUUCCGGGGAAGUUGCGUCGCGGAUGUCUCCGGAGAAGAGUUGAAAUUCCAAUUCAUAGAUAUGAAAAUUAAUUAGUCGGUGGACCAAGAUGAUUGAGUCAUGUUAUCAAAUGAAGGACUAGGAAAAGAAAGCAGAGCAAUAUGAGAGGAAAAUAGUAGAGAAGGGGAAUGAAAAGAGGGCGCAUAUGGAUUUAGUAGUUUACUAUCUGACUCAACAAUUAGAGGCUGAGCUGGAACGCCCAUGUGGAAUGAAAACUACAAUUUGGUACCCAAUAUUAAAUUUAGAGAUGGAAAAUGUAACGAUGCAACUAAAAAUUGAGUUACAUAGUUUAGUUGCAACUUAACAAAAUUAAGUGGUAAGUAUGCAACGAAAGCAAUACUUAUAUGGUAUGUUGUGCAAUUAACCCAUAGUAUCGGUUAGGUUCAUGCCUUCAUGGUUUUCAUUGUGUAAAAAGGGUUGAUGUUCUGUCAUGAAUUUUGUCCAAGUAAAAAAUGUACAUUAGGGCUCUCAUAUCAAAAUAAAACAAAUAAAUUCAU